GCCGUAACUACGACUACAACGCACUCUUACGUUCGCUAUAGCAGCGUUUGCCUUCUACUCACCAUCGCAAGGGCUUCCAACCUCAUCUCUUCUGUGUAUUUUUCUUCUUCAUAGUCACGUCGAGCGCGCGCAGCUGUCGUCUGUCUUCUGCCUGCCUCGAUCAUUAUGGCCAGCUUGGUCGCGAUUCUUGACUUGAAGGGCAAGCCGCUCAUCCAGCGGUCCUACCGCGACGAUGUCCCCCCAUCGUGCAUUGAACGCUUCUUACCCAUCGUGCUCGAUCUGGAGGAGGAGGGCCAGCAGGUGACACCGUGCUUCACGAAGGAUGGAGUCAACUACAUGCACAUACGGCACUCGAAUCUGUACCUGCUGGCAUUGUCGAAACGGAACAGUAAUGCUACGGAAGUCAUCCUCUUCCUGCAUCGGCUGGUGUCGGUCCUCAUCGAAUACUUCAAGGAGCUCGAGGAAGAGUCCAUUCGGGAUAACUUCGUCAUCAUUUACGAGUUGCUGGACGAGAUGAUGGACUUUGGAUACCCGCAGACGACGGAGAGCAAGAUACUCCAGGAGUACAUCACGCAGGAAUCGUACAAGCUGGAAGUGCAGGUACGGCCACCAAUAGCGGUGACGAACGCCGUGUCGUGGAGGUCGGAGGGCAUCCGCUACCGCAAGAAUGAGGUGUUCUUGGAUGUGAUUGAAAGCGUGAACCUCCUGGUCAACUCGAACGGAAACGUUGUGAGGUCGGAGAUCUUGGGCUCCGUCAAGAUGAAGUGCUAUCUCUCGGGAAUGCCGGAGUUGCGGCUGGGAUUGAACGACAAGGUCAUGUUUGAGACGACAGGACGGACCGCACGCGGCAAGGCGAUUGAGAUGGAGGACGUCAAAUUCCAUCAGUGCGUCCGGCUCUCCCGAUUCGAGAACGACCGGACGAUCUCUUUCAUCCCGCCCGAUGGCGAGUUUGAGCUCAUGAGCUACCGUCUUUCCACGGCCGUAAAGCCGCUGAUCUGGGUCGAGGCUGCCGUCGAGCACCAUAAGGGUAGCCGGGUGGAGUAUAUGGUCAAAUGCAAAGCGCAGUUCAAGCGGAGGAGUACCGCGAACAAUGUGGAGAUAUAUGUGCCCGUGCCUGAUGAUGCAGAUACGCCUAAAUUUCGAGCUUCAACAGGCACCGUACAGUAUGCGCCGGACAAGAGCGCGUUCGUGUGGAAAAUCAAGCAACUUGGUGGAGGGCGCGAGUUUUUGAUGCGAGCGCACUUCGGGCUGCCUAGCGUGAGAGGAGAGCACGACAGCAUGGACAAGCGGGCGCCCAUCACCGUCAAGUUCGAGAUACCCUACUUCACCGUGUCUGGCAUUCAGGUGCGCUACCUGAAGAUCGUUGAGAAGAGCGGAUACCAAGCGCUGCCCUGGGUGCGGUACAUCACGCAAAAUGGCGACGACUACAGCUUGCGGACGGCGCUGGAGAAGGGAAGCGCUCCGAUUGUACCCAUGUGAUGAUCUUGUUGCAGAUAUGUUUUCGAUUGUUCUUGUGUCUGUCUUGGAAUAUAACUUAAUGUGCCUGCCUGUUUGCAUGAGAUGCCGUUGCAAUUGCAACACGACAUCGGGCAUCGUUGGCUCAUCGACGACGUCGUACGGCAAAGAAUUGCUGCGAGGUGACUGGUCACCGAGAAUCCCCGUCCCUUCCUAGUCGAUCGUGCUGACAUACGGGUUGUUAUUUCCUUGCUUCAUUCUUUU